CAUAGGUAGGUUGAAUCCGUCGAAUAUGGGCGGUCGUCAACAUUGCCUGACAUCGUCGUCGACUAACCUGCGAUAUUCGUCGUCCAAAAUUCCAAACUUUCCGGCGUUCAAUCGCAUCGACUGUCAACAACAAUGUCUUCCGCCGGCAAGGAAGCUCUCAAAGUAUUUAUAAAGAUGUCUGGCUCACCUGGCAAGUUGUACAAGCGUCCCUUCACAGUGUGCGUCGAGGGCAACAUAGGAAGUGGCAAAACAACAUUUCUAAGUCACUUUAAGAAAUUUGAAAAUGUUACUGUAUUGGAAGAACCGGUUGAGCUUUGGCGCGAUGUGUCAGGAACCAAUCUUCUGGAACUAAUGUAUAAAGAUCCAACUCGUUAUGCUUAUUUAUUUCAAUCGUAUGUACAAUUGACCAUGCUUCAAUUGCAUACUUGUAUGACGCCUUCACCAUUCAAAAUUAUGGAGAGGUCUGUCUAUAGUGCGAUGUGUUUUGUUGAAAAUCUGAAACGUAAGAAACUGCUGAGCAAUACUGAGGUACAUAUCUUGGAAGAAUGGUAUGAUUGGUGUGUGAAGAGCGCCAAUAUUGAAACCGACUUGAUAGUAUACUUGAGAACAACACCGGAGAUUGUAUACGAGAGAAUGAAAAAACGAGGACGGAAGGAGGAGAACAUGGUGUCGUUGGAGUAUCUGAAACAGAUUCAUCAACUUCACGACGAAUGGCUGUAUCAUCAGAUGUUGAAACCAGUACCAGCACCGACCAUAACUAUAAACGGUGACCGAGAACUUCACGAGAUGGUAGAGGAGUUCGAAAAGUGUAAAAAUCAGAUCUUCAAUAAGAUAAUAGAUAAAGAUGCAAGUAAUACGAUGAUCACAACGGUACCGACGAAUUGCAUAAUACCCAAAAUCAAGGCUGGAAUCUCAGAUUAAAAUGCAAACAGAAAUCGCAGGCAGUGUAAGCAACAAUGCAAGAGUACAGUAACCUUGAUUUACACAGUACGAUAUUGGUGAAAUUUUAAUAAAUAUUUUACGAAAACUGUGGUAUGCACGCACUAUGUUAAUUUGUGUACAAAAUUUUAAAUAUUUAAUAUUUCAGUUUUGCAAUUAUAUUUCUCGUUGCUGUGUGCAUAUAUUUUUAUA